AAGAGUAAUAUGUAAACUUAGUGCUACUGUGCUAGUCUAGCUACUUUCACCAGUUGAUUUAUUCUAUGUGUGUUUUGUUUACUACCAUUGCUGUUGCUUCCAGUAAUCAUUGAGCAUAUUGUAUUAUGGAAGCGAAUGCAGUUUCUAGAGUCAGUGGGUUCGAAAUAAAUAUUUGAGUCGAAAGUAAUGACUCAGUUGAACCCGUAGAACCUGCUCUGGAUCUGUCACUGAAUUUAUCGAGAUACUGGUAUGGUGGCAUGCUAAUGUUAGGCAUAAUGCAUCUCUAAGACUCUAACUAGUUCAGCUCUACUCAGUCCUUCUACAAAGUAACUAACAAAUAGAAUCAACAACUAGAAGGGAAAAAAAAAAAAAACUAGAACAAAAUGUUACCUUUCUUUCUCAAAAAAGAUGCACAUAAUAAUCAACCUAUCUCUAUCCAUCUUUCUUCUAAGACAACCAAUGAAAAUCCUCAAAAUGAAGUUAAGUUAAAGUAUCUUUCAGAUCAUCUUUCUUCUCAUUAAUUGCUAAUAUCAUUGUAUCUAAUACUCUGUAUCAUCCUGGAUUUUUUUUCUACCUUUGCAUGACACCUAACCUUCCAUAUUAUUAUUGACACAAAUAUUUUGUGUCUUGUGAAAAUGUUGAGGAACAAUCACUUCUGUUGGCUUCUACCUUAUCAUCUACUUCUAAUCUUGAUCUUGAUUGGCAUUGAAGCUGCUGAAGUAGAUAGAAAAGAAGACUUUUACAUUGUUUUCUUGAAAGAUCACCCAGUGGUGAACGAUGAAUCUGCAUUUCGUAGACACAUUAAUGUCCUGUCAUCUUUAAAGGGAAGGGAUGCAACAGAAUCUCAUGUUUAUAGCUAUACGAAAAUCUUCAAUGCCUUUGCAGCAAAGCUAUCUCAACAAGAAGUUCGCAAGUUAUCCAGCAUGGAUGAAGUGGCUUCUGUCAUACCAAGUAGAUACAGGAGGCUACAUACUACAAGAUCAUGGGAAUUUAUCGGUUUGCCUGCAACAGCAAAAAGAAGAUUGAAAGGGGAGAGCAACAUCAUCGUGGGCGUCUUUGAUACAGGGAUAACUCCUCAAUCAAAAAGUUUUAAAGAUGACGGUCUUGGUCCUCCUCCAGCAAAAUGGAAAGGAAGCUGUCACCAUUUUGCCAAUUUUACUGGAUGCAACAACAAGCUUAUAGGGGCAAGAUACUUCAAGCUGGACAAAGUUCCUGACCCAAAUGACAUAAUGUCACCAAUUGAUGUGCAUGGCCAUGGAACUCAUACAUCGUCUACCCUGGCGGGUAGUCUGGUACCUGGUGCAAGCUUAUUUGGUCUAGCCCGAGGGACUGCACGUGGAGCAGUUCCUUCUGCUAGAGUGGCUAUGUACAAAGUCUGUUGGGCGUCGUCAGGUUGUUCAGAUAUUGACAUUUUAGCUGCUUUUGAAGCUUCCAUUAGUGAUGGUGUGGACAUAAUAUCCAUUUCAGUUGGUGGCCUUACUGGUAGUUAUACAACUGAUGUGAUAUCCGUUGGGGCCUUUCAUGCCAUGAGAAAAGGAAUUCUUACUGUGGCUUCUGCUGGAAAUGAUGGACCUAACCUCAACACUGUCGCAAAUCAUGCACCAUGGGUGCUUACUGUGGCAGCUAGUGGCAUUGAUAGGCAGUUCAGGAGUAACGUGAAGUUGGGAAGUGGGAGAAUAGUCUCAGGGAUUGGCAUAAGCGCAUUUGAUCCAAAGCAAAAAUUGUAUCCUCUUGCGCUGGGAGUUGAUAUAGCCAAGAGCGCUGAUACUCGAGAAAGUUCAAGGUACUGUACCGAAGGAUCAAUGGACUCUAAAAAGGUAAAGGGAAAGCUUGUUUAUUGCCAGUUGGGUUCUUGGGGUGCUGAUUCUGCUAUAAAAGAAAUUGGAGGGGUUGGAACCAUCAUCGAGAGUGAUCAGUUUCUUGAUUCUGCCUCAAUUUUCAUGGCCCCUGCAACAAUAGUUAACAGCAGCAUAGGGAAAAGCAUUAAUAACUAUAUACAUUCAGAAAGAUUACCUUCAGCAGUAAUAUACAAAUCACGGGAAGUUAAGAUCAAAGCUCCAUUCAUUGCAUCAUUUUCGUCAAGAGGUCCAAAUCCGGGAACAAAACGCCUUCUGAAGCCUGAUAUUGCAGCUCCAGGAAUUGACAUUCUGGCUUCUUACACUCCCUUGAAAUCACUCACCGGUUUGAAAGGCGACACUCAAUAUUCAGAAUUCACCCUCAUGUCUGGCACUUCCAUGUCUUGCCCUCAUGUUGGUGGUGCAGCUGCUUAUGUAAAGUCAUUCCAUUCAGAUUGGUCUCCUUCUGCUAUUAAGUCUGCCCUCAUGACUACUGCAAGACCUAUGAGUUCAAAGGUGGACAGGGAGAGAGAGUUCGCUUAUGGUGCUGGACAAGUUAAUCCGACGAGAGCCAGAAGCCCUGGAUUAAUUUAUGACAUGGAUGAUAUGUCAUAUAUCCAAUUCUUAUGUCAUGAAGGUUACAAUUCAUCAUCAGUGUCCAGUUUACUUCGACAACGGGUAAAUUGCUCCACACUGAUUCCUGCAAAUGGAGAAGAUGCUAUCAACUAUCCCACAAUGCAGCUUGGCAUAAAGAGUGAUCAAGAACCAACCGUAGGCGUUUUCAGGAGGAGAAUUACCAAUGUUGGCCAAGCUACGUCUGUUUAUAAUGCCACUAUCAGAGCUCCUAAGGGAGUGGAUAUCACAGUAAAACCGAUGACACUUUCAUUCACGCGCGUGAUGCAGAAGAGAAGCUUCAAGGUUGUUGUUAAGGCUAAACCAAUGUCAAAUGCUAUAGUAUUGUCAGGUUCACUCAGUUGGAAAAGCUCCAGGCACAUUGUAAGAAGUCCUAUCGUCAUAUAUGAUCCAAAGGUCUUUGGCUAAUUGCUAAUAUGAUAGCCUCCAAGGAAUAUGAUACAGAAGAGGCACAAAAGAACAUCAAGAAAUAGAGAUGAUUGAUGAAAUUAAUUUAUGUACAGGUGAAGGCAGGGUAGGGGUGCACAAGAAUUGAAUUUGAAGAACAACAGAAUGUUACAUCUGUGAAUAAAUAAUCUACAUGUAUAUUCAUUUCAUAUACUUAAUUAAUUUAUCAGCACUUCUACAACAUUAUACUCCUAGUUACUAAUGACUUCAAGAAAUAAGUCCGUGUCAAAAUUUCAUUCAACCAGUUUGUGAUUUCCUUAAAGGAUAUAAUAGACAAUUUGAAGUUGUACCUGAUCCCUUUCCUACAAUAAAUCUUGU